CCGAUGACGUCGUGAGUCUAUUGUGCGUGUGUAUGUGUGAGACUACAGCAGCGGUGUCUAAUCAUUAGCUCUGUCCUUUCUUCUUCUCUACCAAAAAACAAGGAAAAACAAACAACAACAAAGACAGAACUUCUCCGACAAAUAUGACUAUCUAUAAAUUCCAGCCGAUAGGCAAAAAGCCUAAAGCAGACGAAGAACAGCCUGAUAUUCUGAAUGAGUCGUUGACUGGCGACAAAGAUAAAGAUGCUGACUCUUCAAAGUCUGCUAAAGCAAUCCAUGUGACAUUCAUUCCAAAGAGAUCGAAGACAUGUGUGAAUCUCAGUUUGCUUUUCUUCUCUUUAUUGGUUCUUUCUGCUGGUGUUAUAGGUGGAAUUUACUUGUAUACACGCCUGAGACAGAAGGUAACCAGAGGGCGAUGUGGAGUAACCUAUGUUCAGGAUUUUGUUAUGAGGAAUUAUAAGCAUUCUUCCCCAGUGUCCAACAAGCUUCAAACUCAUGGGCACCCAGACUCAAACCUUCGUGCAAUUUCAUUUUUUGAAGAAAAUGUUGAAGUAAUUGACAAUUAUUUUGAAAGAGUUGAGAUACCCAAAUUUGAUGAUUGUAAGGAUGCAGUGAUUUUUCAUGAUUUUGAAAGGAACUUUACUACUAUCGUGGACAAAGACAUUAAAAAGUGUUUUGUUAUGAAAUUGAACCAGUCUGUUAUUGCUCCUCCCAAGAAUCUGUUGGAUUUGCUUACUAAGUUAAAUACUGGCUACUAUGUUCCUCGUGCUACUGUUGUAAGACAGACUUACACUAUUGUACAUCCAGCAACCAAGGAUCUGAGCAUACUGGGACAGCAAGUAAGAAAGGAAUGUGGUACAUUUCAUACAUACAUGUUGAGAAAGCUUGAUAAGUUUCGUGCCAGAUAUCCACCAGGUAGUGAUCCUACAUAUGGGUUGUAUGAUCACAAAACAUUUUUGCAUAAGUUGGAGGUUUUGGAUAUAAACAACAUGCUGUGAAAAUACAUGAAAGUAAAAUUUUAUGUGAAUCAUAAUCUCUAGUUUUUGUUUUUACUGUUUAUUCUGUUAAUUAAUCAUGAUCAACCUACAUCAGUGUAUAUUUGCAACGAAUUAUUAGAUGUUUAGACAUAUAACCCUAAAUAUGUAUUCUAACCAAUACUCAUAUAAUGCAUAAACACUUUAUAUUACAUUAGGUCAAAGUAUUGAAUAAAUGAACUAAAAUAAUAGCUUACUGUUUUAUUCUCUCUCUCUCUCUCUUUCUCUCUCAAAUGUAAACAUUUCAGUCUUAUAUUUUCUUUGUUUCACUAAUUGUUUUAAAUUUUAUUACCAAAUGAUAUAAAAAUAUUUAAGGAUAUAUUACCAUAAAGAGUACUAAAUUUUUUUUUUCUAUUUGUACACUGAAUAAAUCCUUGUAUAUUUGAUUGUA